GUUGCCCAAAUGAAGCUUCCAGGGGACGCUCGAGAAACUGACCUACAUCGAGAUCAGUGGAAGGUGAGACCUGACUGGCAGAGCAGCACUAGUUCAAGCCCGUCCAGUUACUCCCUCCCAGUUGGUCUUUUUUCCCUUUCCUCUCUUCCCUUGUACUACCCAGACGUCAACAUGAGGCGGUUGAUUGGUGCUACGUUUCUUCUCUUCUGCUGCACUCCUGGCUGGACCUCGAUCCUCAAUCGAGUGAAGAGACAGGAUCAGGGGGCAGAUGCGACAGACUUCGAGAAAGAAUUGUGCAAGAACAGGCUGCCCGGCGAAUGGUUCCGUCUCGUGGCCGCUACCGGUGACGAGUGCCGGAAUGUCAUCCAGUGCACAUCUUCCGGCCUCCAAGCUAUCCGGUGCCCGCCGGGUCUCUACUUCGACAUCGAAGCCCAAACAUGCAACUGGAAAGACCUAGUGGGUAACUGCAACAAGAAGGAACAGGUGAAGAAAGCAAAGCCCCUGCUGUCCACUGAAGAGCCCAUCUGCCAGGAUGAAUAUCUCGCCUGUGCAGAUUCCACAUGCAUCCCCAGGAAACAGUUCUGUGAUGGAACCGAGAAUUGUGCUGACGGCUCGGAUGAAGCAUCCUGUGAUAUCAACAACGAUCCGAACCGAGCACCCGUUUGCAAUACUGAAAUCUGUCAGAUACCAGAGUGCUUCUGUUCUCCGGAUGGCACAGCGGUGCCUGGGAAUUUGGAGCCGAAGAGAAUACCUCAGAUGGUGACUGUGACUUUCGACGAUGCCAUCAACGUGGCGAACAUCGACCUUUACAACGAGAUCUUCAACGGGAAGAGAAAGAACCCGAACGGAUGCAACAUCAAGGCGACGUUCUUCGUGUCUCACAAGUACAGCAACUACUCGGCUGUCCAGGACAUGUUUAACCGAGGACAUGAAAUCGCCUCGCAUUCCAUCACGCACACGGAUAAUGAGACUUUCUGGUCGCACGCAUCCAUCGACGACUGGGCACGGGAAAUGGCCGGUUCAAGAAUCAUCAUCGAGAAGUUUGCGAAUAUCACUGAUAAUUCCGUGGUCGGGCUCCGGGCUCCUUACCUCAGAGUUGGCGGAAAUAAUCAAUUCACGAUGAUGGAAGAGCAGGCGUUUUUGUACGACUCUACUGUGACGGCUCCCCUCAGCAAUCCUCCCCUCUGGCCCUACACUCUCUACUUCCGUAUGCCUCAUCAAUGCUAUGGGAACCUGCAGAAUUGCCCCACUCGCUCCCACGCCGUCUGGGAAAUGGUCAUGAAUGAAUUGGACAUGAGAGAAGAUCCCAAAUUCGACGAAUCUCUUCCAGGUUGUGCCAUGGUGGACUCGUGCUCGAAUAUCCUCAAUGGAGACCAGUUCUACAAUUUCCUCAAUUACAACUUCGAUCGACAUUACUUGACAAACCGAGCCCCCUUCGGCCUCUACUUCCAUGCCGCUUGGCUCCAAAAUAACCUGGAAUACUUGGACGCCUUCCUCUACUGGAUGGACGAAGUCUCGUCCAAUCACGAAGACGUUUACUUCGUGACAAUGACUCAGGCGAUACAAUGGAUCCAGAACCCGAGGACGACCGAGGAAGUGCGGAAUUUCGAGCCGUGGAAGGCUCGUUGCAAUGCAGAGCCAUCGGGAACAGUUUGCGGAACCCCGAACGCCUGCCCCCUGACGACGAAAGAACUGCCUGGAGAAACACUGAGACUCCAUACCUGCAUGAAAUGCCCUCAGAAUUACCCCUGGCUUCUCGAUCCCCUCGGCGAAGGCCGCUUCGUCUGAGAACCUCUUUUCAGCGCACUGGUGAUAUUCUCCCUUCUCCACAAUGAUCCAUGGAACGUAGUAAACGUGCAAGAACAGUUGAACAGAAACAGAGAUAUUAUAGAAUAAAAAAGACGGGACAACGGAGCCGCCAUUGAUGUGCAGACGAACGCUUGCA